AUGGCCGAUUUCCUACUUUUCGAGAGCCCCAUCGGCUACUCGCUGUUCAAGGUCACCCACCAGGGCGACGUUGUCGGCAAUGGACUGAAGGAAGUCCAGGCGGGUAUCAAUGACCUGGCCAAGUUCGGAAAGAUGGUUGAGCUGACCAGCUUCCUUCCCUUCGAGAACAACAAGCAGGCUCUUGGUGAAAUCAACGACGUUUCCGAAGGUGUCGCCUCCGAGCUUUUGAUCUCUUUCCUUGAAUUGAACCUCCCCAAGCCCAACAAGAAGAAGAAGGUGGUCCUCGGUCUGGCCGACAAGGCCCUGGCCGGAAGCGUCAAGUCCGCCUUCUCUUUCGUGGACUGUGAGACCGGUGAUACCAGCGAGGUCGUUCAGGACCUCCUCCGUGGUAUUCGUCUCCACGCCACCAAGCUCCUCAAGCAGCUGCGCGAGGGUGACAUGGACACCGCCCAACUCGGUCUUGGUCACGCCUACUCCCGUGCCAAGGUAAAGUUCUCCGUUCAGCGUGACGACAACCACAUCAUCCAGGCCAUUGCCAUUCUCGACCAACUCGACAAGGCCAUCAACACCUUCUCCAUGCGCGUCCGCGAAUGGUACUCCUGGCACUUCCCCGAGCUCGUCAAGAUUGUCUCCGACAACCAGCGUUACGCCGAGCUCGCCCUGUUCAUCAAGGACAAGAAGAGCCUUUCCGAUGAAAGCCUCCACGACAUUGCCGCCCUCGUUGAGGACGAUGAGGGCGUUGCGCAGAACAUCAUUGAUGCCGCCAAGGUCAGCAUGGGUCAGGAGAUCUCCGACUCUGAUAUGGAGAAUGUCAUCUCCUUCGCCGAGCGUGUUGUCAAGCUCGCUAAGUACCGCAAGUCUCUCUACUCCUACCUGGUCGCCAAGAUGAGCGUUGUGGCCCCUAACCUGGCUGCUCUCAUCGGUGAGGUCGUCGGAGCCCGUCUUAUCUCCCACGCCGGUAGCUUGACCAACCUGUCCAAGUACCCCGCCUCCACCGUCCAGAUCCUCGGUGCCGAGAAGGCUCUCUUCCGUGCCCUGAAGACCAAGGGCAACACCCCCAAGUACGGUCUGCUGUACCACUCUUCCUUCAUUGGCCGCGCCGGCCCCAAGAACAAGGGUAGAAUCUCCCGUUUCCUCGCCAACAAGUGCUCUAUCGCCUCCCGUAUCGAUAACUUCUCAGAGGCCCCCUCCACCAAGUUCGGUGAGGCCCUGAAGAGCCAGGUUGAGGAGCGUCUCGAGUUCUACACCUCCGGCGCUGCCCCCACCAAGAACGAGGUUGCCAUGCGCUCCGCCAUGGACGCCGUCCUCGCUGACCUCGAUGUUGACGCCGACCAGAGCGACGCCGAGAUGGAAGAUGCCGACGCUGCCGAGGCCAAGAAGGAGAAGAAAGAAAAGAAGGAGAAGAAGGAGAAGAAGGAUAAGAGCGAGAAGGCCGACAAGAAGAAGAAGAGAAAGUCCGAUGUUGGUGAGGGCGAGUCCGACAAGAAGAAGAAGCGCAAGCACGACACGGAUGCCGAGCCCACCAAGAAGAAGCAAAAGGCCUAG